AUGUCAGACUCGAAUGAUGCGUCUUUUCAACAGAACGUGGCGGUUGGCUACUGGGGCGCGCAUGAGGAUCCCAAAGUCAAUCAUAUAAUACCUAACAUUCGAAACAUUGGUUAUGAGUUUAUAAUUCUUCCUAUCUCGCGUUCGUCCUUCAGUCGAGUCCUUUUUGAAUCUACACCAGAAGACGAAGAGACGAAGCAAGUAUUUUUGAGAAACAUGGAAGAGUGGAGGGCUGGGAUUCCAUUUUCAAGAGAAGAAUUAUGUUUGCAAAGCGCUGAGUCCUUGGAAGUAGCCGUGGGGCUUACAUCUCCGUGGAUAGAUCUGGACUCGACUGAUUCGCGAAUUCGAACCAAUUCAGAAAUUGCAUUGAGACAAGAAUUCGCCUGGGCCAUCUAUCUAGGCAUUGGAACUGUUAUGAUUCAUCCUCCCAAGUCCGAAUUUUGCAAUUAUGCGCGAACUGUGUGUUCGAUAAUUAACGGAACAGGACAUUCAAGUGUAUGGAUACAGUUGCCAUUAACUCUCGAUAGUGAUGAACCGCGUAAGAAGGAGACAGGUAGUUGGGAACGAUGGACCAAGUUUAGAACUCUUUGCAGUCAUGAUACAAGACUUGGAAUAGCCUUGUACAUCACCGCUGACUUGCCAAGUGAGAAGGUUCUUGAGAGAUGGAUUGCAGAACCGAUCAGAGCGAUUAUAAUUCCCACCGAUAUAUUCUUAAUUAAUAACAAAGGAUAUCCAGUGUUGAGUAAGAAACAUCAGAGUCUUGUUCGUUCUUUUUUGAAGUUGGGAAUAAAUUUCGUGAUACGCGACAGCAAAACUGAACGCGAAGAGAACGACAGCUCCGUGGGUAUAUAUAUGCAAUAUCUGCGAUAUAUGAAUAGAACUGGUCCAGAAUUAAAUGAAAGGGAAAAAUUUGCUAGUGGAUAUCAGGAUUUUCUUCAAUCUCCGUUACAACCGCUCAUGGACAAUCUUGAAUAUUCGAUUUAUGAGACAUUUGAAAAAGACCGUGUAAAAUACAUAUUAUAUGAACAGGCUGUAUAUCGCGCAUUACUUGAUCGUGUGCCUCCAGACUCUGACGAAAUUACAGUGAUUGUAGUAGCUGGUGCUGGUCGAGGUCCACUAGUGACUCGAAGUCUUAAAGCUGCCGAAAAAGCAAACAGAAAGGUUCGCGUAUAUGCAGUUGAGAAGAACCCUAAUGCGUUUGUAACUUUGCAGAAUAUGAAGGCACAAGUAUGGGAUGAUAAUGUGACAAUAGCCUUCUCAGACAUACGACGCUGGAAUGCUCCUGAAAAAGCCGAUAUUCUUGUAAGCGAACUUUUGGGCUCAUUUGGUGACAAUGAAUUAUCUCCAGAAUGCUUAGAUGGCGCACAGAAAUUUUUAAAGCCCAACGGGAUUUCAAUACCUAGCUCGUACACAGCAUAUAUAGCACCUUUAUCUUCGGCAAAGCUGUUUUCAGAAGCCGCUGUGCACAGAGAUUUGGAAAUGCCAUAUGUCGUCAUGUUUCAAGCAUGUGCUCAACUUGCUUCACCAAAGUCAGUUUGGACCUUUGAACAUCCUAACCGAUUAAUGACUGUCGACGAGCAAGGUAAUCCGAUAACAAAUUAUCAUAAUGUGCGAUAUUCAAAAGUUACCUUUGAUUUGGCGGAAAAUGGCAUAUUACAUGGGUUCGCCGGCUAUUUUGACUGCGUAUUGUACAAAGAUGUUGAAAUGAGUAUACAUCCUGAGAGGCAUUCUACGGGAAUGUUCAGUUGGUUUCCGAUAUUUUUUCCAUUGAAGGAAACUGUUGAUCUAAGUGUGAAACCAAUCGAAUAUUAUAUACGAGCUAAGAAUGAGGAGGAAAGGGAGACAAGAGCAAUCAUGCCUGCUAUUGCUGUACCGACUUUUGACGAGCUACAAAACGUUGAGCUUGCCCUCACUCGUUUAUGGCAACUAGAUACUAACAGAUUGACAGCUGGAGAACAUUACAAAAUCAAUGUCGGCACUUCACGCGAGUCUCGGAGACUGUUCACUUAUGUUGACGAAAACGUCUUUAAUCUUCCUACGUACAAGGCUUUCAAGGAUCUUCUUGAUAAUUACAUUCCACAAGUAGGGAUUCGCGAAAAGGUUGAUGCUAACGAGUUGCGUGAGAAUGCUCUUUUCAUUAAGGAGGUCAUGAAUACACUUCCUAUGCUUUAUGUCCAUAAGUAUCUUGUUCAGAAAGGCAAAGUUCCGGCAGAUCGUAAAGCGUUUGCACGAUUGCUGGAUGAUGUGUGGUUUGAAAUGUACAGAAGAGCCGGGGCAGGAGGUGAUUCGAGCGCUUUCGAGCAUGUAUUUUUGGGAGAGAUUGACCAUCACCAGGCAAAAGCUUUCCACAAUUGGAUUAAUUUCUAUGUUUGUGAACAGAAUGGGACUAUGAAAUACGAGGGUACCAUACAUGAAAGGGGGGAGCAUCACUCUGAGUCUUCUGGACAUGAACACGUGAUAAAAAUGAGAUUCAGUUUCAAGGGUGCUCCCAAGCCGUUUUCCACAUCCUUUAUCGGUACAUCUCCUGAAUUUGAAUUUGCCUUGUACACACUUCUUUUCUAUCUUGGAAGAGAAGAUACCGAAUUCUCCAUUGAGGAUAUUAGAGUUAAUAUAAAAGUGUACGAUAUUUUCAGAAACGGCGAAAGGAAAAUCGGUAGUGCAUUCCCAUCGAUAUUGGGUUUCAAUAAAUUAAAUGGGUUUUGA